AAGACACGGACAGCCUCUACAACCUUUCGCUCAUUCGGAUGGAACCCAAGGACAAUGGAAGGAAAUGGGAAGCUCCCAGUACAUAACCAUGACUCUCAGAGGUUUCCCCAAACGUCAAUGUGAAGCUUUAGAGGAAUAAUUUAAGAAAUAAUUUGGUGCUCAGAUCUGCUGGAACAAUUUUAGUCACCUGGGACAAGGAAAAAGGUGGAUCCAAAGUAAUGGCUGAAGAAAUACAACUCAGAGAGAAGAAACCAAGAACUUUGCCUCGGUCUGACGGGUGUGGUCUCUACAACUUUGAUGCUUUGGAUUUGUCCGGUGGGUUGAGGAUUGUCUUGGUGGGCAAGACUGGAUCGGGGAAAAGUGCCACAGGAAACACCAUCCUCGGGAGAGCCGUCUUCAAAGAGGAUCCGAGCCCGGUGUCUGUGACCAAACACUGUGAGACACAGAGCGGAGAGGUGGAUGGGAUUUCAGUCCAAGUGAUCGACACACCGGGGCUGUUCGAUACGGGCAUCACAGAAGAGGACCUAAAGUCUAGGAUAGAGGAAUGUGUCAAAAUGUCGGUUCCUGGACCACAUGCUUUCCUUCUGGUGAUCCGGCUUGGAGUCAGGUUCACGGAGGAGGAGAGGAAUGCUGUGAAGUGGAUCCAGGAAAACUUUGGAGACGACGCAUCCAUGUACACUAUCAUGCUGUUUACGUGCAAGGAUCAAGGCAAAGCAGACAAUGCCCUGAAGGAGUGCAAGGAGCUCCGGAGACUAUCAAUCACAUUUGGGCGCAGGUACCACGCCUUUAACAACAACGACGCAGAGGAUCGAGCCCAGGUCACAGAGCUCAUCAACAUGAUCAAGGAAAUGGUACAGGACAACGGAGGGAAGCACUACACAAACGAGAUGUAUGAGAAAGCCCAGAGGAAGCUAAAAGAGGAGGAGGAGCGUAGGAGACAGGAAGAGGAAGAGCAGAAGAAGGAAGAGAGGAAGGUUUGGGAUGAAGAGAGGGUCAAGCAACAAAAAGAACGGGAGAAGAAGAAACAAGUUCGGAGGAAGAACAUCCGCGUGGCUUCGGCUGCCGCGGUUGUGUUGGUGUUUGCUGGGGUUGUUAUAGCAGUGGGGGCGAACACCACUGUGGCUCUGGCACUAGGAGCUCCUACACUCGUCUUGGGGGUUUUAUGUGGUCUAACAGCCAUUUGUUUAUGGAAAGGAAUAAAAUGUAAGACCAAAAAGAAUAGUCCAGUGUAACACAAUGGGAAGGUAAUGUCUGUUAGUGGUAAUAUCCUUAAUGAAGGAUGGACAAUAAUUUCAGCAAUAGUGGCUAAUAUUGAUAUAUAUUUCAUACCUUUACUGGUAUAUAUACUUUGUUU